UUGCUUACUGCUUCAGGAAAGCAUCAAAUAAACAUGUAAUGUCAUCAGCGGGGCAACUAGAUGGUGCAGUGGACAGAGUGCUGGACCUGGAGUCAGGAACAUUCAUCUUUCUCUCUGCCAAUAGAAGUGUUCCCAAAGCAGGAUGGUGAGGAUUGGAAUUAACGGAUUUGGCCGGAUUGGGCGAAUGGUAACUAGGGUGGCAUUUCAAACAGGCAAAGUAGAUGUCGUGGCCAUUAAUGAUCCUUUUGUUGAUAUAAAUUACAUGGUUUACCUGUUCAAGUAUGAUUCUACUCAUGGAAAAUUUCAAGGCUCUGUCAGAGCUGACUAUGACAGGCUGGUGAUAAAUGGAAGAGCUAUUACUGUCUCCCAGGAAAAGGAUCCUGCCAAUAUCAAAUGGGGAAAUGCUGGCGCUGAAUAUGUCAUCGAAUCUUCUGGUGUCUUUACCACCUUGGAGCAGGCUGGGGCUCACUUAAGGGGGGGCUGCAGACGGGUCAUCAUCUCUGCUCCAUCAGUGGAUGCUCCCAUGUUCGUGAUGGGCGUAAACCAUGAGACCUACAACACUUCCAACACGGUAGUUAGUAACGCCUCAUGUACGACCAACUGUCUGGCCCCGCUAGCCAAGAUCAUCCAUGAAAACUUCGGCAUUAUAGAGGGACUGAUGACUACAAUUCACGCCACUACUGCUACCCAGAAGACCGUAGACGGUGCGAGCGGGAAACAAUGGCGAGAUGGCCGCGGUGCUGGCCAGAACAUCAUUCCUUCCGCCACGGGGGCCGCGAUGGCUGUGGGGAAAGUCUUCCCCGCCCUGGCCGGCAAACUCACCGGCAUGGCUUUCCGAGUGCCCGUCGCCAACGUGUCCGUCGUGGAUCUGACCUGCCGCCUGGAGAGACCCGCCAAGUAUGAUGACAUCAAGAGAAUCGUGAGACAAGCAUCUGAGGGAAACAUGAGAAAUAUUGUAGGCUACACCGAGGACCAAGUUGUAUCCAGUGAUUUCAAUGGUGACUUCAACUCUACUACUUUUGAUGCUGAAGCUGGAAUUGCGCUAAAUGACUAUUUUGUCAAACUCAUUGCCUGGUAUGACAACGAAUUUGGUUAUAGUAACCGCUUGUUGGAUCUCUGUGUCUACAUGUCCUCCAGGGAGUAAUCGGAGUAAUCAAGGAAGUUGUGGAAAUUCAAGUAAAACAGAAGUGUUUUGCAGCUUAGGUGUUGCUAUGCUAAAUUUACUUCCCUACACCUAUGGUUCUCACUCCAAGGUAUUCCCUCUGCUUAGUAGCGGGGGAAAGCAUUGAGUCCUGUGUUCUUUGCCAUCAA